AUGAAGCCGAGAUGUCAAUGUGCCUGCGCACAGCUGGCCCACAUGGCGAGGAGCUUCUCGACGAGCAGCAGGGCGAGUGUGAUCAGGAGCGUCUAUAGCAAGACGACGGGCAAGCCUCGAUACGCUGUUCCUCCCCGACUGAGCCGUCUGCCGCCUGCAAAGCCGAGACAGUUCCUCAGCAAGGUCGAGCUGCCCGAUGCGUCAACGCUCAUGAUCCAGUCGACUUGUCCGAGAAAUGUACUGCCGCUCACCAAGUCGACGGUCACCCAUCCGCUCUGGGGCUUCACGACUCAGAGCAGGCUACGAGAUGGACAGGUCCAGGACGAGUCCGGUCGGCUGGCCAAGUUUGCCGCCAGGUUCGGUGCAGCACAGGACACGCCAACGGACGAGUACGAUCAAGCUUUCACAGAGGCAACAGCGGACGAUAUUGCCAAGACGGGCAGACUGGCCAAGCUGGCACCCCAGAGCAAGAAGACCAGCAAGCGACGAUGA